AUGGCCCUUUCCCCCGUAGCAGAUCCUCUCAGAGUCUUCCCCCCUGAGCUUGUCCUUCGCGUCCUGGACUUCGUGCCCGUCUCUUCUCUGGCGUCUCUUACUCUGGUUUCAACCGCCUGGCACCGGUUUAUUGACGUCACCCACCAAGACGCCAUCUACUCGUCCGUAUCCAAAACUGCCCAACCCCCCGGAAGUGGUCGAUCGCUGGCCUUUCUGUCUGAGAGCACAAGCUUCUCCAAGUGGUAUGGGGAGGAUACGGCGUCAUGGAAGGAGCUGUGCAAGCGACAGACCUUGCUCGCCCGCAACUGGGCCCAGCCACGCCCGUCCACUGGGGAGUCGCUGUUGCAGGUCGGCCAUGACCCCGUCUGGCGGUUCCGCCCGGACUUCAAGCGGCGAUUCUUCGUUUCUACAUCGCACGCUGGGGGAUUGAAUGUCACGGAUAUGGAUACCGGUCGCAUCCUGUGGCGAUUGCCCUCGACCCUGGAUACUGAUCAUGAGCAUGCAGUUCGCCCGUAUGCCCAUUUGGAGUAUCAGGAUGGCAUCGCUGUGUUUGACCGGGAUGGAGAUGCCGUCGAGGUUUGGCAGGCGGAUUUGGAGGGUGCCAACCGGGGGCAGUUUGGACGCAUCGCCGUCUUAGAUCACACUUGCCAGACCCGAGGUUUUCAGCUGUCAUAUUGGACGCUUUGUGUCGUCUCCAGUGAAGGACAGGGGUUCGUAUAUGAUAUGACGCAGCGACCGCCCAAAUUGACCACGCAUAUGGAGAUCGCGCACGAUGCCGUCGGCCAUCUGGACCAAGGCCCCGAGAUAGUUGUCUACUCUAUGGGUCCGCAAGGGUACCACGUUCAUGACAAGGCGUCCGGUUCACUGCUGGGCGUGUUGCAGCCGUCCCAUUGCACCGAGAAGUAUCACAUCCGCCCACCUCCCGCCAGCUCCUCGUACGCGACCGCGACGGUGGCAGGGGCUGCACUAUACGGGCCACGACAUCCGGUCUUCCCCCCCAGAUCACACUGUAGAGACCGUUUGGUGCCAAUCAAGGUCUCCACAGGCCCUCUACCGACACCGACCGGCCUUGAACAUGCCUGGCCUGGCGAAAACGAAUGGGGAGCGGGUAUGCUGGACAACGACUUAUUUGUAGGAUUUUCCCGCGCUGGUCAUGUAUUCGUGUGCUCAGACUGGCGGAGGGCUCUCCGCGAUCCAGCUAGUCUCGCAGCAACCAGCGCGAUUAUCGAAUGCGAAUCGGAUGGGUCUAAUUUCGACCUGGGGGGCUGGCUGUCGGUGCGAAAUGGGCGGUUGAUGUUCGAGAUCCAAGACCGUAUCUACGUCGUCGCCCUGGAUGAGAAUAACAGCGUCCAGGAAGUUAAUCAUCCUGUACGCGCUUCAUACUCCUUGCUUACGGGCUCUGCACCGCAGCUCAGUGUGCCGGUCAGUUUCAUGUCGUUAUAUGACGAUGCAAUUAUGACUACCUACACGACCCUCGGCCGGCGGCAAUCUCUUUUCGACCAACCUGGGGACAUCCCCGAACGGGAAGACGAGCUCGUUGCUGGUAUCUUCCCGACUGUGCUCAUUCGGAUUGUCAGCUUGGCCCCGGAUCUAUCCCAUUGCACAACAUCCCAAGGAUUGGCUACCGAUGCAGCGCAGAGUCCGACCGGAAGAGGCCCGUGGGACCCCGGGCAGCAAUCCUUACCCGCAACGGAUAUCCGACGCCACAGCGAGAGGAUCUGGCAAUCGCUGGAUAUCUUGGGAGACGAGCUUGAGGAAGAGGAAGUAGACGAGAUCUCGGAAUAUCUUGACGACCAGGGGUAUGAUGGCCCCUAG